UUAGUAAAACAGCUGUCAUGCUGUCUCCGCUCCGUCGUGUCGUCAACUUGAGAAAUUAUAGUUUCUUUUUCUCAAUGUGAUCCUGAGUUCUAGAAACGAUUGUAGCUUAUAGUGUAUGAUAUUUUAUUACACAUUAGGUGAAACAUAAUUUAAAUUAUCUGUGCUUAGUACACAAGUUCGUAUUUUAGUUUGAGGACAGAUCCUAGUUAACGGUAACCAUGCCGCCGAAAAAGGCUCCCACUGGAGCGCCGAGUAAAAAAAACGAGCAGAAGAAGAAGGAGAAAGUAAUCGAGGACAAAACAUUCGGUCUGAAGAACAAGAAAGGUGCUAAACAGCAGAAGUUCAUUCAACAAGUGGAGAAACAGGUUAAAAGUGGCGGCAUUCACCCAGCGCGGCCGGUGGACGAGACGAAGAAGAAGGACAAAGAACAAAAGCUGAAGGAACAGAAGGAAUUGGCCAUGCUGUUCAAGCCUGUUCAGGUGCAAAAAGUUGAGAAAGGUAUUGAUCCAAAAUCAGUAGUGUGCGCUUUCUUCAAGCAAGGACAAUGUACCAAAGGGGAUAGGUGCAAGUUUUCACAUGACUUGACUAUUGAAAGAAAGGCUGAAAAGCGAUCGCUGUACGUGGACAUGCGUGACGAUGAUGACAACAUGGACAACUGGGACGAGGACAAGCUGAAGGAGGUGGUGGAGAAGAAGCACGGCGACGACAAACAGAGGCCCACUACUGAUAUCAUCUGCAAACACUUCUUGGAAGCGGUAGAGAAAUCAAAAUACGGCUGGUUCUGGGAGUGUCCGUCCAGCUCCAAGUGUAUAUACAGGCACGCUCUGCCCCCCGGCUUCGUUCUCAAGCGGGACAAGAAGAAGUUGGAGGAGAAGAAGGUUGAGAUCUCUUUGGUCGACCUCAUUGAGAGAGAGAGGGCAGCACUGGGCCCGAACCAGACUAAGAUCACUUUGGAAACCUUCCUCGCUUGGAAGAAGAAGAAGAUUAAGGAGAAACAGGAAAUGCUGGUGAAAGCCGAGGAGCAGCGCCGGCACGACUACAAGGCGGGGCGCGCCGUGGGGCUGUCGGGCCGCGAGAUGUUCUCCUUCGACCCCGCGCUGGCGGCGCGCGACGCGGACGACGGCGACGCGGCCGACCUGCGCGGCUACGGGGGGGACGGGGGGGAGGGGGAGGACAGGGAGGACGACACCUACUACAGGGAGGUCGACUACCAGAUGUUGGCCAUGGAGGCUAGCGAGGUGGACGAUUCCGGUACCAAAGCCACAUCAGACAGGUUGCAGCAGUUAGAAAAAGACCUUAGUAACGGUGACUCCGCUCCCAGUACGGACGUUCCUAUCAAUGAGAACCUCUUUUUAGACGAGGAGCUAGAUGAAGAACUACAGAAUUUGGACCUCGAAGACUAGUGUAUAUUAUAAGCUGUGAAUAUAUUAUUUUUAUCGAA